UGUCUGGUGUGUGUGAGCGCGUGGGUUAUUUUCUCGCUUUUUCUCGCAACUCACUAUGCGACCGGAAUCUCGAAACAAGGGUUAACGCGGUCGGGCGUGUCCGGCGCCGAGGGAGUUCGCGCGGCCGGUAUACGUUGGUGAAAUUCAGCCGGGAUUAUCGUGCCGUUGCGCCAGACAUUGUACGCGAGUUCUGCGCGACGACGAGCUGCGUGUCGACGAAACGACGAUGCUAAAACAAAGCCCGGCGUUCGACAUCGAUCGGCUCUCCGAGGCGGUAAACGGCCUGCAGAAAUGCCUGGAGUGCACGAUAUGUUUGGAGCUUAUGACAGCACCUGUGAAGACACGAUGUGGCCACUCGUUCUGUCAGCAAUGCAUAGGGAGGGUCUUACAACAGAAUGCUCCUUGUCCACUGUGCAAGGAAGUCCUUAAUAAACGCAGUGUAUCCAAAGAUGAUCAUCUGGAAUCAUGUAUUGAGAAGUUCAAGAGACUUGUUAUCGUCAUUCAGACUGACAGUCACAUUGAUGUACUGUCGCACUUGAAGCUGCCGCGCGACACGAGGGAGAGCUGCUCGAAUUCGGAUAGUAGUCAGUCUAGCUUUUCUCACAAGAGAAAACCGACGAGGAGGCAAUCGAUUCGCAGCAACCAGAGUAGUACCUUUAAGACGGAUAGACCGUCGACAAGCUGGAGAACGGUAAUUGACUGUGAUAAUCCACGAUACGACACGAAUUCAUUGAUUCAACAGUCCGAUCCAACCUCAUCGUCUUUGGCCGGUCUUCAUCCUCGUUUCGCUAACGAAAAUAAUAACACGUUUGACGAUACGUCGGACGUCAAAGUUCGCACGUGGAUACACUCGUACAUCGACCAGCUCGAUACCAUCGGCGAGAACGUAGAAGAUGAAACGCGUUCAAGCGAGAAGAAUACGUCCCGGGUGAAUAAGGACACGAAGAAGAGGGGAUCCAAUGACACGAAGAAGACCGAUUUUGACGCCGAUAAAUUGAAAUACAAUGCGACUCACGCCAAGAUACGUGCGAAGGAAUGCAGGUCCGCGGAUUCUAGAAAAUCGAAGGUCGAAGAGCACAUCGGCGAUCAUCGGGAUGUCUCGGCGACGUCGAACGAUCAGACGCGUCAGACCAGCGCCGAUAAGUCGUUUUUCGCGGAUACCACUUGGACCCGCGUGAAGGAGAUCGGCAAGGAGAUGCGUGGGAAGAAGAAGAAGAAAUUGGAAGUGAGUACCGAGAAAAGUACCGAUAGGAGUACUGAGAAAAAGGUCGAGGAAAAGACCGAAAAGGAGACCGAAAAGAAUCCCGGGAAGAGUUGGAACAUUCCUCGCAUAAUAGAAGACGUUAUAUUGACACCGGGGUCGAAAUUCGAGUCAUUUAAUAAGAGCGCAACGAGUGACAACAUGAUCAACAAAGAGGCGAAGAUAUCUAAUCUGCCGCAGAAAUCGAGUAGUCGGAAACAGGACGCGAUUGAUAAGAAGUCGGUCUUAUCGGGCAAAAAAAUAACCCGGAAAACAUCGGCGAAUGAAGCGAAGGAUCGGGAAAGAUCGUUCGCCAGUGACAAAGCCGAUUCCUCGAUGUCGGAAGUUAAUUACUACACGGAGGAGACAUCGUUCAUCACGCUAGCGGACGGCGAUCAGAAACUGCGCAUAAAGAACCUCAAUAGUCGUCAGAUGAAUGAGAUUAUCGGCUUCAAGGGAGACUUUCAGGAAUCGACCAACGACGGGAACGUCCUUGACCGAAAUCGACACUUCAAGGAGGAGGAAGAGAAGGAGGACAAAGAACGAGAGGAAAACCAGAGAAUCAUGACGGAAUCGUUCAACUCGUCAUCGUCGCGUCAGCAAAGAUUGAUCGUAUUGACGCCGGAAAAACUCAACGAGUCCGUGCUGAAAUGCAGGACGACCCGCGACGACGGCUCGCGAUCUCCCGUCAGCAGCAGGUUAGCGGAUCCGAUGUCGUGUUUGCCGAACCGGACGCCUCCGGUGGAUAAUGACGUUGAAAGGACAACGUCGACGAUUUCAAGAAGAGAAGCAGCCGCGUCCGAGUCUCGAUCACGGAUGCCGGAAAAGCCCAGGUUAUCCUUGAAAAGGCACCCGAAAAGUUCGGAAUCGCCGUUACUGAGUCAGGUUUCCCUGAUGGAACGAAUGUCGACCGACGACUUUUACGCGAGGAGUUCGAGCGGCCGUAAGAGUAUCGAUUCGUCAGUGUCAAAGGACGGCCCGUCCGUUGAGCGAUUGGCGAGUGUUAGGCGCGACUUGAGCUCGCAGAUCAUCAGCAAGGAGUGUUUGCAGGCAGACCCGACAGCCGCUGAUGUACCCGAUAAUCGGCCGCAGAAAGACCUAGACCGCGGCUUUCCCGUGAAGUUCACGCAGCUGGGCACGCUGAUCAGACGGCGAAAUGUGAGGUAUAUUUACCUGGGUGCGAUUAAACGCGAACAACGUUUGCCGGCGCGGAUUGCGGAAGCGAACUUGGUGUGCAACAUGCAACUGUUGGUCAGCAUGAACGAGAUAAAGUAUCCCAACAAGUUGCAGAGUUCCCGACUCGAGUCGUCCGUGAGCACCUUGCAGGACUCGACGGGCGUCACCGUGCUGGAGAACGUCCACUACGCGGACAAGUCAAUCGCGAGUCCAAACGACACCGUCUUAGAUGCUAUGAAACUCGACAUCCCGGCGAGCUCAACGCCGAAGGGAGGUGCGGAUCGUGGGCGUCGUCUUAAUCGUGCGGGGACCACGGCGCGAGGAAGCUCCUCGACGAGCGCGAACAGACCGUCGGUCGUGCAGCAGACUCCCGCAUCUCGCGUGGACCAGAGCACCAAGCAGAACAGGGCGCACGCGGUGAACUCCAUCAAGCUGUUGUCGCCGGACAAGGACUCGCAGCUCCAGUUUCUCUCGAUAGACUCGCCGAUGAGUGAACACGGCCGGUCCAGGCUCGCUAGUUCCACGCGACCGGUACAGUCCGAGCUCCGGAGAGGAGGCAGCUCGGAUUUCACCAAAGACAACGACCUCGCGGGUGAGGUGAGAAAGUCGCAGGGGGCCGUCAACGUGCCUUACUCGGAGAAUUCUAGAUUCCAGCCGGUUAUGAAAAGGAAGAGAACGAAGAGCGACGACGACGAUGACUCCAGCGACUCGGCGGUCAGCGUGAGUAGUCAACGCACGGUUAAGUUCGACAAGAGCAAGAGGAAAGCGCACAAGAGCCGAGACAAGACGCGUUCAAACGUCGGCGGGAAAUGGCCGUCGCGCGACCAGGUGCUCUGCGUAGAUCCCGACGACCGCGCGGAAGCGCAAGAGAGGAAAUUCAAGAGGAUAUUCUCGAUCUCCGACUCGGACACGGAAUCGGAUUCGUCGGCGCGCGGCGCGAGGAACAGAAACAAGAGCGGCGAUCGAUGCGACCGGGGGAACGCGUCGAUCAGGAACACGUCUACCAAAAGUGAACCGACGAGGGAAGCCUUGGACGAGGAUCUCCGUAUUCGCAGUAUAGCCGACAAAUGGAACAACGAGUACGGUGCGGCGCAAAAGAGGUCGAUCGAGGAACUGAGAAACGCGCAGGAUACCGUCAGGCCGAUGAGACUCGCGUCCGAGAAGAAGACGAGCUUUCGUCGCUUCCCUUCUACUUUGACCAGCACAUCCCGCGAGAGCGACAAACGCGGGAGUGUGAAGUUGAACGAGAACACCACGACGAUCGACUCGGAUCUGUUCUUCGAGAGCAAUAGUAUAUUCAAUUCGGAGGUCCUGGAGCAGCUCAGUGCGCGGCCAUCGAUCGGCAGGUCGAGCCACAGCCGGAAGUCGCAGAGUUCCAUGGACCCCUUCAACGAUGACAUCAUCAGCAAGGUGCUGCAGAUCGACCGGUCGACAGGCGUCGCCUCGCGGGUGGACGGCGACGAGACGAGUCAAAGAGACGAGCGUAAUUCGCUUCAGGACAAUUUCGACGAGGCGUUCGCGAACGUCGAGCUGCCGCAGAGCGAGGACGUGAUACCCUGUAGCGAGCUGCCGGCGGCUCGCCGCAAUCCUCAUCGCAAUCUCAAUCGCACGCUGACGGAACAGAACACGUCGAGCUGUCCCGCGAUGACGAAUGAGCCAGCGCGUCAGAUGACGGCCGCCUCGUCCACUGCCGACAUCUCCGGGUAUUGCGGCAAAAGUGCCAAGAAGACACAGCUGAACAACACCUCGGAAAAUUCCGACAAGGAGAACACCCACGGCCAAAGGAAACACGAUCACGCGGAGGAGGACCGGAGGGAUAAGAAAAAUAUUACCGCGAGGAGACCGGAUGACAAAGGCCGUGAGAAGGUCAUGUCGAAGAAUAAUGUAUCGCAGGAGAAACGGGUUUCCUUUGACCGCGUCGCCGAGGCGACGGGGAGAAUGUCGUCACGGAUGGAGAAGGAAAUUAAUGUUCCAGCCAGCUCGGCGAGUCAACUCCGAGUGGACGACGACGACGACGGCAAAGCACAAGGGAGAAGCACGAGCGACGACCAUGAGUCGAACGCAAAGGAUUUUUCCUCCGCCUCUCUUAUGGACAUCACGAUGCAGCAGUAUCGGCUGAGGAUAAUCGAGGAAGAUCUGUUUGGUGUCGCGCUCACCCGGCCCGCCGCGAAGCCGGAAAAGAGGAAUUUGCCGGACGAUUCGUUUCGAGAAGAGCAACGCACACCGAAGAAGAGGAAAAAAGGCGCCCAUGAGAGAAGCAACGCGGGGUCACAGGAACACUCCGCCGAUGAAGACGACAUCGUGGAGAACACUCCUGAGACGAAGAUGAGGAACAGUGGGAAUAGCGGCAAGACGGUCGGCUCGAGCACGCGACGAAAUAUAGCGGCAUUGUAUCUGUCGCCGAUUCCCGAACUCCCAAGCUCGACCACGUCCCCGCGCAAAAGGGUAACGUCGAAGAGCGAGCGCGCGAGUACUCCCCUUUGCCGGCCCGGGCUGAUGUAUCCGCUCUAUCAAAGCACACCGAAGGUGACGUCGAGCUCCGCGAUGUCCACGACCGGCGACAAAGCGCAGCUCGACAAGCUGCAACGCACCACCACGAGCGGUGCCGUUUCAUCGUCGACGAAGCGGCCGACGAACGGCGACACAUCGAGUCUGCGCUUCGUGUGCAGCGGCCUGGCGGCUGCUCAGAUCGCGAACGUGCAGAAGUUCGCGCGGUUGCACAACGCCGAUUACGCGAGGCAGUUCGACUCGGUGGUGACGCACGUGAUCGUCAACACCAGCGGCGCGGAGAACGCGGCGAAGAGCACGCUCAAGUAUCUACAAGGCAUCGCGCAUCGCAAGUGGGUAGUUAGCUACAAGUGGAUCGAGGAUUGCACCGACCAGCGCAGGCUGCUGGCCGAGGACCCCUACGAGGCGACCACGCAGAACGCCGACGUCAACGCACCCGGGCCACGGAACUCACGGCUCAGCGACAGGGAUCUCUUCGAGGGCUUCACGUUCUCGUGCGUCGGCCCGUACGAUAACGUCUCGUUGAGUCAAUAUCAGGACUUGUUACGCGCCGCCGGAGCCACGGUGGUCGACUCUUUGGAGGCUCUCGCCGCCGAGAAGAAGGGCUUGAAAGGCGUCGUGAUCCAGGGCGACACUCACGACAACAGCACGAUCGGACGCUGGUACCGAGACGCCCGGGCGGCGCCGAUUCUCAUCGACUGGAUCGUGGAGAGUAUCGGCCACUACAAACUAUUCCCGCUCAUUUCCUACAUUCAGACGCUAUCGCCACAGGACUACUAUGCGAUCGGCUAUCCACGGGAAAUCAUCGGGGACGAGGAGUACAGCGACAUGUCCGAGUAACACGAGACGGUCGCCGGAUCGCUCCCAGUCGCCGGCAAUUCACUCAUUACCUCGACAAGUUGACGUCAACGAAGUGAUCGCAAUAAUUUCUUUAAUUUUCCGUAUAUUGGCUGCUGAAUCGCGCAUUUCAUUUUCCAUUUUUCACUUUAUUAUCUGUAUUAUCAUCGUCAUCCCGUCGAUAGAUAUCCCGUUACGCACGCGGGUUAUCGUUACUUACUGUUUACAUCACACGCGGAUACACGAUAUCAUAAUUUAUGAUUUAUACUUUUCUAAUAAACAGUUGCCUAAUCAUGUACUAACGACGGCCGCCUAAUCAA